AUGCAGUUCACCAGCUCCUUUGCUGCCGUCGUGAGCCUCCUGGCCAUCACCGCCAACGCUUCUCCGGUCGCCACAGUCGACAACAGCCAACUCGCAGCUCGCGCCAACUCCAAGCUGAACCAGUACGAAGCAGUCAACUGCCUGAACAACGAGGGCAAGAAUACCAAUACCUACCAUGCCUCACCUGCCCUCCGAGAGUGCAAAAACCUGGCCAAUGACACCGUGUCGUUCUUCUACGGUUUGGGACCGCUCACUCAGGCGUUUGCAUACUCCGACUCGGGCUGCAAGGGGUUCAGUCAGCACGUGUCCAGUUCGGGGGGCUGCCUUGCCGUGAACACCUACUACAACGAUGACUUUCAGGUUAUCAAGAGCUUCAUGAUGGACUGA